AUGGCGUCAAUUUCUGUCCUGAAUCCAAAAGCCGAACUGGCCAGAAAUGCUGCGGCCUUGGAGAUGAACAUCAGCGGUGCCAGGGGUCUUCAGGAGGUCAUGAGAACCAAUUUGGGGCCUAAAGGAACCCUCAAAAUGUAAGUUGAUCUUUAAUUGGUGUUUCUUUGAUGUUUAGGGUGGAGUUUUAUGAUGAGAAUACAGAUUGGGGAAUAUGGAAGUUGUUAAUUAGGAUUGAAGCCCCUCUAUUGCGUUUUUGGUUUAAUUCUUAGCAGGCUUUUUGUGUGAACCAAGUACAAUGUUUAAAAUAAUUGAGAUUGCAGGAUGAACCUAAACUUUUCACUUUUAGGUUGGUUUCUGGUGGUGGCGAGCUGAAAUUGACGAAAGACGGUAAUGUCCUUCUGCACGAAAUGCAGAUCCAGCAUCCAACAGCCUCAAUGAUUGCCAAGGCUUGCACCGCGCAGAAUGAUUCGACCGGGGAUGGAACCACCUCGACUGUUCUCCUCAUUGGUGAAAUGCUGAAACAAGCGCAGGGAUACAUCGAAGAGGGCGUACAUCCACGUCUCUUGACCGAAGGUUUUGGUGUGGCCCACAGGGCCUGUCUUGAGUUUUUGGAGAAGUUCAAGACGCAAAAGCCGAUCGACCGAGCAUUGUUGAUUGAGGUCGCCAGAACUGCGUUGAGGACAAAGUUGCACACCAAAUUGGCCGAUCACAUUACCGAAUGUGUUGUUGAUGCGGUAAUGAUUUUUGUGUUUUUUAUGUCAAAAUUUUAGGCUCUUUGUAUCCGAAAAAAUGAGAAGGACAACGAGCCCGAUCUCCACAUGGUUGAACUCCAGCAAAUGGAGCAUGAGUCUGACAUGGACACUCAAUUUAUCCGAGGUUUGGUCCUUGAUCAUGGAGGACGUCAUCCAGACAUGCCCAAACAUGUCGAAAAUGCCUACAUCUUGACCUGCAAUGUCUCAUUAGAAUUUGAGAAGACGUAGGUUGAUGUUGAUUUUUUAAAAUUUUGUUUUUUAGUGAGGUGAAUUCUGGCCUGUUCUACAAGAGUGCGGCCGAGAGAGAACGUCUGUUGUCCGCUGAGCGCGAAUUUAUCACUAAAAGAGUGCAGAAAAUUGUUGAAUUGAAGAAGAAGGUGUGCGUUGAGAAGGACGGCAAGACUCCGGGCUUUGUGGUGAUCAACCAAAAGGUAGGAAAAUGUCCUUGUCAGGAUCUAUUUUUUUGUUGUUUUAGGGAAUCGACCCUCCAUCUCUCGAUUUGUUGGCUUCCAAUGGAAUUUUGGCGCUCCGCCGUGCCAAGCGCCGCAAUAUGGAGCGUCUUCAGCUGGCUUGUGGUGGCGAAGCUUUGAACUCGGUUGAUGAUAUCUCGGUAGACCAGCUGGGAUGGGCCGGACUUGUCUAUGAGCACGUCCUAGGAGAAGAUAAGUACACGUUUGUUGAGGAAUGCAAGGACCCCAAAAGUGUAACCAUCUUGAUCAAAGGACCCAACAGACACACCAUUGUUCAGAUUAAGGACGCCAUUUAUGAUGGCCUCAGGGCCGUUUCGAACGCCUUGAAAGAUCGUGAGUCUAUUUUAAUUUUUUUGUUUUUCGUAUUUAGGGAUGAUGACAUUUCAUGGUUAAUAUCAAUCGAAAUGUCAUGGAUAACAUGGAUUUUUUUUAGAAUCCCUUGUUGCUGGUGCCGGGUCCUUUGAAGCCGCCGCGCAUAAUCAUCUUUUGGCCCUUGCUGAGAAGACCAAAGGCCGCGCCAAACUUGGAGUCCUCGCCUAUGCCCAUUCUCUUCUUGUUAUUCCGAAGACCUUGGCUCUGAACUCUGGAUUUGACUCUCAAGAGAAGCUGGUCACAUUAUUGGAAGAUCAGAAGGCUCUGGGAGACGAAGGAGCUCUGGGUUUGAAUUUGGAGACUGGAGAUGUUGAACUGGUCAAUGUAAGGAAAAUUUUUAAAAAAAUUUAUUUAUUUUUUGGUUGAGAAUUUUUUAUGGAAGAUAAGUAAUAUUGGAUUUCCAGGGGGUCUGGGACAAUGUCUGCGUCAAGAAAUGCUCCCUUUUGGCCGCUUAUAACAUUGCUUCAAACUUGCUCCAAGUGGAUGAAGUCAUGAGAGCCGGAAUGACCAGCCUGAAACAACGCCCCGGAGAGGAAUAA